AUGGCCGCGCCGGGCGACAGGUCGGAGCCGCCGCCGCAGCUUCCCGAGUACAACUGCAGCUACGUGGUGUCGCGCCCGGUCUACAGUGAACUCGCCUUCCAGCAGAAGCACGAGCGGCGCCUGCAGGAGCGCAAGACUCUGCGCGAGAGUCUAGCCAAGAGCUGCAGCUGUUCAAGAAAGAAAGCCUUUGGUGUGCUGAAGGCUCUCCUGCCCAUCCUCGAGUGGCUCCCCAAAUACCGAGUAAAGGAAUGGCUGCUUAGUGACAUCAUUUCCGGCGUCAGUACUGGGCUGGUGGGCACACUGCAAGGAAUGGCGUACGCGCUCCUCGCUGCAGUUCCUCUUGGAUAUGGUCUUUACUCUGCUUUUUUCCCAAUCCUGACAUACUUUAUUUUUGGAACGUCAAGACACAUCUCAGUUGGACCUUUCCCCGUGGUCAGUUUAAUGGUGGGAUCUGUUGUUCUGAACAUGGCCCCUGACGAACACUUCCUCAUACCCCUUAAUGGGACCGCAGCAAACACCACUGUCGUAGACUCUGCCGCUAGAGAUGCCGCACGUGUGUUGGUCGCCAGCGCCCUCUCUCUUUUGGUUGGAAUCAUCCAGUUGAUAUUUGGAGGUCUGCAGAUCGGAUUCAUUGUGAGGUACUUGGCAGAUCCUCUGGUUGGUGGAUUCACAACAGCUGCUGCCUUCCAAGUGCUGGUCUCACAGGUGAAGAUCGUCCUCAAUGUUUCAACCAAAAACUACAAUGGAGUGCUCUCCAUCAUCUAUACUCUGAUUGAAAUUUUUCAAAAUAUUCGUGAUACCAAUAUUGCAGAUUUAAUUGCUGGAUUACUCACCAUUGUUAUCUGUAUGGCAGUGAAGGAGAUUAAUGACCGAUUUAAACACAAAAUUCCAGUCCCAAUUCCUAUAGAAGUAAUUGUGACAAUAAUUGCCACUGCCAUUUCCUAUGGAGCCAACUUAGAAAAAAAUUACAAUGCUGGCAUUGUUAAAUCGAUCCCCAGAGGGUUCUCGCCUCCUUCCCUUCCACCCGUAAGCCUGUUUUCUGAGAUGCUGGCCGAGUCGUUUUCCAUCGCUGUGGUGGCUUACGCAAUCGCAGUGUCUGUAGGGAAGGUGUAUGCCACCAAGUACGACUACACCAUCGACGGGAACCAGGAGUUCAUUGCUUUUGGGAUCAGCAACAUCUUCUCCGGCUGCUUCUCCUGUUUUGUGGCCACCACUGCCCUGUCACGCACAGCUGUCCAGGAGAGCACCGGAGGAAAGACACAGGUCGCUGGCAUCAUAUCAGCUGGGAUUGUGAUGAUCGCCAUUGUUGCCCUGGGGAAGCUUCUGGAACCCUUGCAGAAGUCGGUCUUGGCAGCUGUUGUCAUUGCCAACCUGAAAGGGAUGUUUAUGCAGGUGUGUGACGUUCCUCGUCUGUGGAGGCAGAAUAAGGCCGAUGCUGUUAUCUGGGUAUUUACGUGUGUAGUGUCCAUCAUUCUGGGGCUGGACCUUGGUUUACUGGCUGGCCUGGUAUUUGCACUGUUCACCGUGGUCCUGAGAGUUCAGUUCCCUUCAUGGAAUAGUCUUGGAAGCAUCCCUAGCACAGACAUCUACAAAAGUACCAAGGAUUACAGAAAUAUUGAAGAACCUGAAGGAGUGAAGAUUCUUAGAUAUUCUAGUCCUAUUUUUUAUGCCAAUGUCGAUGGCUUUAAAAAAUGCAUCAAGUCCACAGUUGGAUUUGACGCCAUUCGCGUAUAUAAUAAGAGACUGAAAGCGCUGAGGAGAAUACAGAAACUCAUCAAAAAAGGACAAUUAAGGGCAACAAAGAAUGGUAUCAUAAGUGAUGCUGGUUUACCCAAUGCUGCUUUCGAGCCAGAUGAAGAUAUUGAGGAUUUGGAAGAACUUGAUGUCCCAACCAAGGAAAUUGAGAUUCAAGUGGAUUGGAACUCUGAGCUUCCAGUCAAAGUGAAUGUUCCCAAAGUGCCAAUCCACAGCCUCGUGCUUGACUGUGGAGCUAUCUCUUUCCUGGACGUUGUAGGAGUGAGGUCAUUGCGCGUGAUUGUCAAAGAAUUCCAAAGAAUUGAUGUGAAUGUAUACUUUGCAUCACUUCAAGAUCACGUGAUGGAAAAGCUGGAGCACUGUGGCUUCUUUGAUGACCAUCACAGGAAGGACACCUUCUUUUUGACUGUCCACGACGCUAUCCUCUAUCUGCAGAACCAGAUGAAAUCCACAAAGGGUCAAGACUCCAUUCUAGAAACGAUCAGUCUCAUCCAAGACUGCAAAGACCCUCUUGAGUUAAUGGACGCAGAACUGGCUGAAGAAGAACUUGAUGUCCAGGAUGAGGCUAUGCGUAGACUUGCCUCCUGA